AGCGGCGGCGCCGGCGCGCUUCGGGCGCGGCGCAUGCGCAGUGCGGGAGCGCGCCCGGCCCAGGCGAGUGUCCGGCCAGCCUUGGUGCCUCUGCAGGGAUUUUUUGGGACACCAGGAGGAGGAGCCCGGCCCCUCGCAGCCCUUCUCUCCCAGCAUGGCAGACCAGAAGCGUCUGGCCUUCUCCAUCAUCCAGUUCCUGCACACCCAGCUCCAGAGCGGGAGCAUGUCUCCAGACGCUCAGGAGAGUUUGGAAGUGGCCAUCCAGUGCCUGGAAACAGCCUUUGGGGUCUCCAUGGAAGACCAAAGCCUGGCUGUGUCCCAGACCCUCCCCGAAAUAUUUGAAGCUGUGGUAGGGAAGGAGCCGGAACACUCCAGAACGAACUCGGAGCCCAUCACGCCCUCGGAAGAUGACGUGGCUGAAGCUGAAAGACUCAAGACUGAAGGAAACGACCAAAUGAAGGCAGAAAACUUCGAGGCUGCCGUGUCUUUUUAUGGAAAAGCCAUCGAGUUAAACCCAGCCAACGCCGUUUAUUUCUGCAACAGAGCUGCUGCCUACAGCAAACUGGGGAAUUAUGCAGGAGCAGUGAGGGACUGCGAGCGAGCCAUCGGCAUCGACCCCAACUACAGCAAAGCCUACGGCAGGAUGGGCUUGGCCCUGUCCAGCUUAAAUAAACACACAGAAGCUGUUGUUUACUACAAAAAAGCUCUGGAGUUGGAUCCGGACAACGAAACGUACAAAUCCAACCUCAAAAUAGCUGAACAGAAAAUGAAGGAGACUCCCAGUCCAACCGGCGGCCCCGGAGGGUUCGACUUGGCCGGAUUGCUGAACAACCCCGGCUUCAUGAGCAUGGCCUCAAACCUCAUGAACAACCCCCAAGUACAACAGCUGAUGUCCGGGAUGAUCUCGGGAGGCCACAACGCCAUGGGAGGGGCCGGGAGCAGCCCCUCCACCAACGACCUGGCCAGCCUGAUCCAGGCGGGCCAGCAGUUUGCGCAGCAGAUGCAGCAGCAGAACCCGGAGCUGAUCGAGCAGCUGCGCAGCCAAAUCCGCAGCCGGACCCCGAGCGCCAGCAACGAGGAGCAGCAGGAGUGAGCCCCUGGGAAUUCCAGAAUUUGCUUUUCCAGCUGGGAGCCACCUCCGUGUUGCCAAUUCCUGACUUGGAAGUGUCCAAGAGGGGGAAAAUCCCAAAACUCCAACGGAUAAAAACCACAAAAAUCCCCAAAUCUCCCCGUGCCCCGCAUGUCUCCGAAAAUUCCCAUUUUCCCUUUUCCCACCUUUACUUUUUGGUUUGCUUUUUUUUUUUCCUGGCAGAGCAAAACUCAAAAUUCCGCUGGGAAAUUCCCAAAUCCCCGCGGGAUUUGCUGCUGGGAGAUUUUUAUUCCUGAUUUUUUUGGUUUUUUUUUUUUUUUUUUGGUUUGGUUUGGGUUUUUUUUGUUUUUUGAGGAUUUCCAAGCGAAUUCUUCAUUCUUUUGCUCCCCAUUUUUCCCCAUCGGGAGCCACUUCCAAGAAGUGUUUGAGUCUUUGGAAUUCCCGGGAUUUUCCACCUCUAGGAAUGAGGAUUUUCCUCCAAAUCUGGGAUUUUUGGGAAUUUUGCUGCUCCCCUCUCUGGGAUCCGUGGGGCAGUCAGGACUGAGCCUCCCCCAGGCGUUUUUUUGGCGUUUUCCCAUCCCAAAAAAAUCCUGGAAAAAUCCGGCAAAACGGGAAUUUCUCCCAUGGAAUGUGAGCAGGGAGGGAGUGAAGGUGUUUUUAGUGUGUUUAAAGGAGUUUUUUCCGAAUUAUUUUGAUUUUUUUUCUUUUUUUAAUUGCAUGUCAAUGGUCAACCUGGCUGGGCUGGAAAGAAUCCAAAAUCCCCCUUUGGAUCCAAAAUCCAGGAUUUGGGCAGGGAGAAUCUCCUGGAGCCAAAUCCCAGCUGGGGGAGAGACCAGAGGGAAUUUUUUUUUUUUUUUUAAAUCCAGAAUGGAUUUAAAUCCAAUUUUUGGCUCCUGGGGGAGGAGGAGCCCCUCUGGAACGUUCGGGAGAUGGAAAAAAUCAUGGAAAAAAGUGAUUUUUUUUGGUCGAGGCUCCGUGGAAUUCGUGUGGUUCGUGUCACUCGUGAGGAAUAAAAACCAUUUGGACACUUUGGUUGUUA